AUGCGGCGCGGUGGCAGCGCGUUGCUUCGUUAUCGCCUGCUGCUGGAAUUCCGGGUCAAGAGCCCCGCCCGUGCCACCGACUGUGGCGCCACCGCGGGCCUUCCGUAUCUGUCUGUCCUCUGGCCGCCACUUUCCCUCAAAGACUGGAGACGAGGACCACAGACUGGCAGCGGGCGCCACCCGCCGCGGUGUGGGUCAGGUGCAGCGGGGCGCGCGUGUGGAACGCGGCAGCAGCUGGGGCGCAGUGCUGGGGGCGGGCCGCUCCCUCGUGAAUCAGCGAGCGGCCGGCGCGCCAAGGCACGCAGCCACGCCCCGCCCUACCCUGCCCUGCCUUGGCUGCCACACCACGUCAGCUGCCGCGCUGUGACACCUGCCCGCUGCCAAGAGGCGGAGGCUCACGCGCCGCUGCCUCGUUACGCCGCGGUCACUAGCGCGGCGCCGCGUCGCAGCCAAGGUGAGCAGCCAGCGCUGGCCCGCUCCCCAGGAAGCCGCGCAAGGCCGCCCGCCAGCGGGUACAACACGGCGGCCACCCACAUCCACCUCCACCGCCAGCUGCGGCUCAUUCUAAAUGAGCGUGAGGAGGAGGCGAGGGUGGCGCUAGCGUCCGGCCGGAAGUGGCCACGCGGCUACACAACAGCCAGCUUCCCGGCCCCGGCGUGGCUUGCUGCAAGAGCAACAAGUGCCGAGGCGAGGCGAGGCGAGGCGAGGCCGGACCGCUGCCGCCAGCCCCGUUCCCAGCGGAGAAAGCGCCGGCGAGGCGAUGUGUGUCGCAAGGCGGAGGCGCGCCUGCCGCUGCGUCCGCCUCUGCCACUGCCUGAAGAUGCCACGGCGCGGCGCAGCCGAAACGUCGAAGCGCGCAGUGCCAGACCUGACAACGGUCCUCUCCAAUUACGAAUUAAGUUAUCGAUUUAA